UUCCGGUUGGGCCCGUCUCCUUCCGCGCCGGCCAAUCCGGGCGGGCCUGCAAGUGGCAUGGCUUCCCCCGGCGCUGAAAGCUCAGAACACAACUGAUGCUGAGCGGUAACCGCUAGGCUUCCGUUCCUCAGGCCGGCCACCAGCCUUCGUAGGUUCGAGGCCCGGGUUUCCCUCCGGCCUGCGGGACCCGGCCUUUGAGGAGAAUGGGGAUUUGCAGCAAUUCUUGCCAAAGCAGUUACCUCCCUCGAUCUGCCGGUGGAAGUUAUUAAUCUGAAAGAGUAUGAUCCAGAUGAUCGUCUGACAGAAGAGGUCACCAGUCAGAAUGUCUGUGCCUUCCUGGUGGCCACGUACACCGACGGGUGCCCGACCGAGAGUGCGGAGUGGUUCUGCAGGUGGCUGGAGGACGCGGCUAGGGACUUCCGGUUUGGCAAAACCUACCUGAAGGGUAUGAGAUACGCGGUGUUUGGCCUGGGAAACUCUGCCUAUCCAAGCCACUUCAACAAGGUUGGCAAAAGUGUGGAUAAGUGGCUCUGGAUGCUCGGAGCGAAUCGUGUGCUGGCUCGAGGGGAGGGUGACUGCGAUGUGGUCAGAAGCAAGCACGGCAGCAUUGAAGCCGACUUCAUGGCCUGGAAGGCCAGGUUCAUCUCUCGGCUGCAGAUGCUGCGGAAAGGAGAGAACAAAUCCUGUGGCGGCCGCUGCAAGAAAGGCAAGUGCGAACCCAAGCCUCGAGGCUCGGAGGAGGCGGAGCCAGGGUCGCACCCUCCACCUGGAUCGCAUCCCAGAGACGCCAAGAGAGAAAAGGAUCGUCAGGAAGAAAACACUAGUUUGUUUGGGAACACAGGGAAAAGUGAUGGCAGCGAGGGAAGAGCGAUGAUAACCCCAGCUCUCCGAGAAGCCCUUACGAAACAAGGUUAUCAGCUGAUCGGGAGCCACUCUGGGGUGAAGCUUUGCAGGUGGACAAAGUCCAUGCUUCGAGGGAGAGGAGGUUGCUAUAAACACACGUUCUACGGCAUCGAAAGCCAUCGCUGCAUGGAAACUACCCCAAGUUUGGCAUGUGCAAAUAAAUGCGUUUUCUGUUGGCGGCACCACACCAAUCCUGUGGGCACAGAGUGGCGUUGGAAGAUGGACCAGCCUGAGAUGAUCUUAAAGGAAGCCAUGGAGAACCAUCAGAACAUGAUUAAACAGUUUAAAGGAGUGCCAGGUGUCAAACUAGAGCGCUUUGAGGAAGGAAUGAAGGUGAAGCACUGCGCCUUGUCCCUUGUGGGAGAGCCAAUAAUGUACCCAGAGAUCAACAGGUUCCUGAAGCUGCUCCACCACUGUAAAAUCUCCAGUUUCCUUGUUACCAACGCACAGUUCCCUGUGGAAAUCAUAAAUCUGAAGCCAGUUACUCAGCUGUAUGUCAGUGUGGAUGCCAGCACCAAAGACAGUCUGAAGAAAAUUGACCGCCCACUCUUCAAGAAUUUCUGGCAGAGAUUCCUUGACAGUUUAACGGCCUUAGCAGCAAAGCCACAGCGCACUGUGUACAGAUUGACGCUGGUGAAGUCCUGGAAUGUGGAUGAACUCCAGGCCUAUGCUGAGCUCGUGUCCCUGGGAUGUCCCGACUUCAUCGAAGUGAAGGGUGUCACCUACUGCGGAGAAAGUUCAGCAAGCAGCCUGACCAUGGCCAACGUGCCCUGGCACGAGGAAGUGGUCCGCUUUGUCUGGGAAUUGGUGGAUCUGAUUCCUGACUAUGAAGUUGCGUGUGAACACGAACAUUCCAACUGCCUCCUGAUAGCGCAUAGAAAGUUCAAGAUUGGUGGAGAAUGGUGGACGUGGAUUGAUUAUAACCGGUUCCAGGAGCUCAUCCAGGAAUAUGAAGAUAGCGGAGGAGCCAGAACUUUCUGUGCUGAGGAUUACAUGGCCCGAACUCCUCAUUGGGCAUUGUUUGGUGCCAGCGAAAGAGGCUUUGAUCCCAAGGACACUAGACACCAGAGGAAGAGUGGAUCAAAAAACAUCGCUAGAUGUUGAGCUUGUCAUGCUAAAGGACAAGGAUGGCGGAUCCAGAAGGUCCUUGGACUCCUGUGACUUCUUGGAACAAAUCCUGCCACUGAGGUGUCAUGCAGUCAGGACACAAGUCAUGUGGCUGGGCUGGGGGACAGCACCCACACGUCGAGUCUGGAUUUGGCCCCAAUAUUUCUUACCAGAACUCAGGCCCCUUCCUGAUUUUUUUUUUUGGUACCAGGGAUCCAACUGAUUAUUUCUGAGAGGAACGUCAUUUUGUGGGGUAAGAAGACAGUUGUUAUUGGAACUUAAUGCUUUUGAGUCAUAUUUUAGUAAGACUUACUAUUCAUGAAUAUUGUGUUAGGAAUAAACAGCUAUGCCUCUGCCUCC